GUCCAUUCAAUACGUUUCUGGGAGAAAACGAUCACGAACUACUUAAUUGUUCUGUUCUUGUGAAACUUCGACAUGCUCUGCUUCCAAUGUAGGGCCGUGCCCUCCGCGCUGCGAACUGCAAUGCGCUCCCAGCCGUUCAGCAGACUCCCGACUCAGACCUUCACCACCUCCCUAUCAACACCACUCCGCACCUUUUCAUCCGCCCUCCGUUCACAACCGACCCCGUUGACACAGAGUCUCCCCUCAUUCCGCACAUCUCUCACACCCGUCUCUUCGCUGUCAUUCGGUCUGACGCAGCAGACUCGGUCAUUCUCCGCCAGUGCGUCGCUGGCCGGUAAACGUGCUACCUACAAUCCCUCGCGAAGAGUGCAGAAACGUCGUCAUGGUUUCCUUGCGCGGUUGCGGUCGAGGGGAGGGAGGAAGGUUCUCCAGCACCGGAGAGCGAAGGGACGGAAGUCGCUGAGUUGGUAGCGGUUUGCUUUUUGCGGUGCUCAUGAUCUUUGGGAGAAUUGUGUGGGAGUCGGCGUGGGCUCUGUCUGGCUGGAUGUCGAGACUCGGUGGAUAUGGAGACGAUGCAGUCUCGAUUCUUUCUGGGCUUGUCAGGAUUAUUCCUGUGUUCAUGGGGAUUUGAGAAGGGAUAGCUAUUCCGAUCACUCUGCUGUUUCGAUUGAUUGGAUAGCUGCUGUGCAUCUUGUGUCUCCCUGGACAAGAUGCUUUUUCCACGUGUACCAUAUACAUACAGAUACCAGGUCCUUACAUUAUACUUCGGUUUGCGUCUAUUAUACGUAUGGUCUGUCAUUCCUGGGCCAGGAUAUGGACUGAAGAAGCCAUCCACCUUAACUUCUUUUAUAUACAGG